CUUCAGAAAGCAGUCGGUCGAGAAAAACAAUCGAGUGAAACCUGCAGGCGUCAUUUGCUAACAGCUGUCAUGAAAAUUAGAGAGUUUGUUUGAAAAAUCUAGUUUUUUUUUAUUUGAUCGUUUUAGUUGUAUUUUUCGUAACGUCCUGAGCCAUGAUUUAUUGCGUUUAAUUAAGCCAUGUUGACGGCUGUUGUCCUUCGAUUCUUACGUUCCAAACUCUUUCUGACAGCCAUCUUUUUUGCCUCCUUCACAUAUUUCGUGGUUAACUUCUACAACGAUAAUUCAACUUUACUCCUGUCCAAUGAAGAUGUGGAUGUCCAUGAGUUGGGAUCAGGAAGGCGUCCUUUAGGGCACAUUUUUCAGUGGCAAGGUGCGGAAGACGAAAACGAUACAAACUCCAAACCUGUUUCAUGUCGAAAUUCUGUCCAAGGGAAAGCGUUGAUUGCUGACAAUAAAGGGUAUGUGUGCGGCAGACACAAUGUAAUGCCAAAUGGCUGUUGUAAGCCAGAAACUGAUGGGACAAAACAUUAUUCUUGUGAGACAUGUCACAACAAUGGGUGUUGUUCAAUAUACGAGUACUGCAUCUCAUGUUGCCUUCAACCAGAUAAGAAAGAAGUUUUACAAGAUGUUUUGGGCAAAGCAGCAGGCACAUUAAACCUUCUCCUAACUUCUGUGACGGAUCAUUUUGAGCUUUGUCUUACGAAAUGUCGGACCUCCUCGCAGAGUGUGCAGCACGAAAAUUCCUAUCGUAAUCCACGUGCUAAACAUUGUUACGGUGAAGCACCGCCACCGUUGGAAACAGAAGGAACUGUGGAUACUAGCUAAUAUCGAUGAUGAACUUAUUCAUUGACGUAACGAUCUUAAUUAACAAGGAAAAGUGCACGAUGCUCUUUUUACAAAACAUUGCCGAUUCUCAAGUGACCAACGCGAUUUUAUUAUUUCUAUUUUUACCUAAAGAUGUGUACAGUUUGUUUCUAGUCUAAUUAUAAGUUGGACUAAUUAGUUCAUUGCAGGUGAAGCAUGCUAUCACACUAUUGAUUAACAGGCCUAAAUUGGUAUGUUUAAAUAUUCAUUGUUUUAGUAUGAAUAUAUUGAUGUGAUCUUAUACUGUAACAUCCCAACAAAAGAUUCUAUAUUGCAACAUGCACCUAAUUGUUUACUUCUCUUUUUGCUGAAACCAGUGAGAUUUGUAGUUCCGUUCAUUUGAUUUCGAAAAUGUUGUUAUGACAAUAUAUAUUCUUGCAAUUA